AUGUCUGAGACUGUGAUCUCCGCCUUCUCCUUGGGAUACCGGCAUGUGGACACUGCGUCAGUCUACCAGAAUCAGAAAGGAGUCGGGGCAGCCUUGGCUGAGAUGAAGAUGGAGCGGGACGAGUUCUUUGUGACAUCCAAGAUUCCAGGCACCAGUCACCCCCUUGAUGUGCGGCGCUGCGAACUGUCUUGUUCUAAUUCUGCGAUCGCACAUGCGGACCUUAAGCUCUCCUUGCAGCCAUUCUGGCGCAAGUUUGACGCAAACGAGCCUCCUUGUGUUCGCAAGAUGUCGUUAUGCCUUUGCCUGGCCCUGCUGUUCUGCCUUCCUUGGCAGAACCUCGGCGACCUCUGCGAGGAGAGAGCCGACGUGAUGCUCCUCCAGUCUCAGCUCCGAGUGGAAAGCUCGGGUGGCCUCAGGUUUGUGGGGCGCAGCUUCUUCUCCACGGAUCCGAUGAGCUCGGCUGGGUAUUGGCUGAGAUAUAGCACUUCCCACUCUCUGAAUGUGUAUGACCUGCCGGUCAUGGGCCUGGUAGAGGCCGAGGCAGCGGCAGGCGUUCAGAUCACCUCUCCGGAAGGUAACGUGGAGCAGCUUUACUUUCUGAAGGCACCGAGUUGGAAGAGCGAGCAGAACUUGACCAUGGAUGAUUUCGUGCGAGCAGCGGAGAUGUCCUGGGCCACGGUGAUGGAUAAGAAGCAGCUCUAUACCCCCUGGACAGACUAUCAUGACGGGCACUUGGUGGACACGAUGAGGAUCGAUAACUUUCAAGCAGACAGGCAUCGUUUCCAGAACUAUGUCCCGCAACAAACAAACAACUCUAAGACGAUGAGAGUUAUCCGUGAUUACAUCCCGAACACGACCUGGACCAUGGAAUGGUUGGCAGGCGUCGACUCGUUGAUGACGCUGCCUCUGGAGUACAUGGAUACAGAGGCUACGGCAGAUCCAGAUGCUUGCCGGAAAGACGAUAGCCGAAUGAAGAGAGACAUGUGGUGGAAGAGUACUUUUGCUGUGACCAACGCCUCUACUGCUCGAGACUUUGCCAUCAGAAUCCUGGGAGCUACCCCUGCAAGUGAGCCGUUUCCGUGGCCACCAAACCGACACUGCAUUGCAGCUCAGUGGGUCACCUUGCCUUACAGUGGGUUUCUUGACUGGAAAGCCUUGCAGCUCCACUUCGUGGAAGAUCCUGUCUACCGCAGUACGUUGCAUGGUAUUCCAGCUUUCCAGCGGUAUCAGCAAGACUUCGCGCGAAGCCACAGAGACUGCAUCAACAGCUUCAUGCUUAACAACCUGGUCUUACAGGCCGAGUCCUUGGAUCCCUUCAUCAAACGCCUGUCGCAGGCCUCUGCAAGCUACUUCGUCUCUCAGGUCCGCGUUGCCAAUUCAAAACAUGACGCCAUGUACGCCUUGAUCUUCUCCUUUCCCGGCAAUGAAGGGGUGACCAUCCAGAUCCGCAGUGCACAUGUGAGUGCUGUUUUGGGUCGUGCCAUGGGGGAUGCAUGCCUCCAGAGCAUCAACCGCUUGACAAUGUAUGGAGGCCUCAAUGCCUCUGCCACAGCUGCAGCAGCCGAUGCCUGCCUUGAGGAGCUGGGCCUGAAGUUCGUAGAUCUCAUGCUGAUCCACUUCCCGGCCGACUUCGGGAAGAAUGGCUCGGCUAAGGCUUUACUUGCAUUUGGGCAGCGUCUAGCCUUUUCUUUCAGAGCGAUCGCCUUGGAGUUGGAUCGUUCAAUGGCAGCUCCCCGUCAUGGGGCGCUGGAUGUUGCGAUUGAGGCUGCUGAAGAUGAGAGGGAAAUAAAGUCGUUUUGGAGUCGUUGCUUAGCUUGGCGAACGGCGGCGCGCCGCGACUUCUUGACUUUGUAUACUCGCCGCAUCCCGCAGCAGAGCGAGCACAAGAUUCUUGAAGAGAACACUGCGUUGAUCUACCCAAUAAUGCUGUCCAUUGAGCCGAACCAGCUUCGCAGACUGUACUUGCUCUCGCCCCAACGAAGUGAAGAUGAUGCCGCAUUUCGUCUUUUGCUUAAAGCCCAGACAGAGGAGCGUCAGACCGAGUGGACGGCUUUGGAGAACUGGGCCAAGUCCGGCAAGGCACGGGCAAUCGGUGUUUCCCACUACUGCCGUCGGCAGCUAGAUGAUGUCCUGAAGGUGGCCACCGUCCCGGUCGCCGUGAACCAGGUGCAAUACCAUGUGGGCAUGGGAACUGCCCCGACUGCCUCCACCGAUGUGCUGUACCAGUCCUUUUCGCCGCUUUGUGGCCCAUGCGAUCCGCCAGACAACACGGAGCAAACCCUGCAAUCACCUUGCGAGGAGCUGCUAAACGGCACGCUGGUCACCGGGAUCGGUGCUCGCUACAACAAGACCGGCAUGGGCCAGCUUUUCAGCUCGAAGCGCGGCACGUCAUCACAGCCGACCAAAGGAUACCGUAUAGACCUCAAGCUUCAGACGAUCAAUGGGGACGUGCAUCCAGUCUCCAUUGAAUCCAGCAACAGCCUGUUAGACCUCUACGAGGCUGUUGCAAGAGCCGUAGACGUCAACCCCUGGAC